AUGUCACCACCACAGCCAAGUGUUGAGCCUCCUCCAGUAUGUGCCUGGAGCGCAGAUCAUGUCAACAAGGUCCGUUUGAUUGGGAUUGUGGGAGGAGCUCCCGAGGUCAGGCAGAUUGGGGAUCAAUUGGUGGCACAAGUGAGCCUGGGCGUCCGGCCAAAGUCUGGCAACAAUUUGGAGCUCACAUGGCUUGUGGUGGACUGCUGGAAUGCAGAGGUCGUGGCGGAGUAUGUCAUGGUGGUAGACCGGAGCCAGGGCGUUUUGGAAGGCACCACAGCAGGGAGCGCGCCCAAGCCAACACGGCAGAGGCAGCCGCGAGAAAGGGGGGCGUCUUCCAGGGGUGGUGAAGCCGCACAGAAAACCCUGGAACUGUAUGCCCAAGGCCACAGCUUUCCCGAGAUUGCACGCCUGGAGGGCAAGGCAGUACGAACGGUGACAAACCACUUGAUAGACAGCUUGAGGCCCGAAAAUCUUGCGCAUCUGCCGCAGCUUGCCAGUGAUCUGCAGAUGGGCCCUCCUGGAUCGCCCUGGAUCACAGCAGAUGAGGUGAAUGACUCGAUUGAGACUGUGCUGUCAACAUCGGUCGGCCCAGACGGCGGCCCUGCAACCCUGGACAAGAUCUACCUGCGGCAAGUCAGAGAGGCAAUGAUGGGUCAUCCAUCAGCAGGACCGAAACAGGCGAGCCAGGAGCAGCUGGCUGUGGAGAAGGAGGGACUGACAUACAACCAGAUCCGCCUGGUCAUUGCACUGAAGCAGCAGGGCAUUCCCUGGAAUGACACCAUUGUGCAGAACCCUGCUGUCCCUGCUGCGCACUCGCCAAUAGGGGGGCAGCAGCCUGAGGACGAUGAUGACAUCCCUUUCUAG